AUGUUCAGACUUGGACUUUUAGAUAAAAUUGACGAAUUAAUAUUAAGUCCCAAAAAACGUGUAAAAAAAGAAAUCUGCUGAAUGCUGUCUUACUUAGUUAAUUAGAUAUCACGUUUAACGUCCCCCACGGGGUAGGCAUUCUGAAGACCACGGCCACCUCUUGACACAUAGGGAUCUGAAAGCACAGCCUCCAGGUUCGACCGCCCAGCGCAUCACGUACCUUCAGGUGACUUCACCGACUUCGACAACUCAUGAGUGAGCGAUUUCUCAAAAAAUGAAUUUUUUGGCCGACUCUCGGCAAAAAGGGGGAGCACAUAACCUGGGACGUAACGCCCAGUUUCACACUAGGGACUUUGCUGGGCUUCCCCUUUCCAGCCUCUGUGUUUUCCUUCCUCACGAGAUAAAAUCUAUCCCAGAUGCUGAGCAUUGGUCAGGCUCUGCCAUGCAUAAUUGCUUAUUUGGCAUAUAUUCUUAUAGAAAUUGCCCGAGGAUGGCGCUAUUUUGCGCCAUCCUCGGGCAAUUUCUAUAUUUCCAGAAUGGCAAAACCUUGCCGGAUAUAAUUUAAAUAUAUGAGUUCGGAAGCUGCAUGGCCGGAGGCCAUGCUAGGUGAAAACGCCAUAUUUUAAUUAUUUGCUGAAUGCUGUCAAAAAUUUGUACAGAAAAAAAAGCUGUUGAAGGGCUAUUAGAAAGAAAAGUUUAUGAGAAAUUGUUGAAGAUAUUAAAAAAAGAUUGUGAAGACGUUAAAAAGGACGCUAUAUUAUUAAUAGGAAAAACAGCCACAGUUUGCGAUGCAGAUCAAGCUAGAAGGGUGGCCCAAAUAGGGUUGAUUGGAGAAAUGAUAAGUUUGGUAGAUAAAAUGAAAGCAUCACAGAAAGUUAUACUUGAAGGGCUGACUGAAUAUUUUGAAAAAGAUAAAAAUAUUGUGGGGAGUGAGGACAGAAUUAGGCUGAUUAGGGUGUUGAAUAGAAUGAUUGGGGAAGGUGAAAAUUCUGAUAAGGCAAUGAGCUUGGUGCUAAUGCUGCUUGAUAUCAAUAAUGAAAAUAAUUAUAGAAAUUUCCCAUAGAUGGCGCUGUUGCCCCUUGAUUUGCCCAUGAGAAAAAUUUUUUGGUUUGACCAAACCAUAUGGGGCUGGUCGAACCAAAAAAUUUCCCCAGUGGGCAAACCAAGGGCAAACAGCGCCAUCUAUGGAAAUUUCUAUAA